CAAUCCGAGAUCAGCCACUCUUUCCGGGGCAGAUCGAAAAAAAAGAGCAAUUAUGAAAGUGUACGUUGCGGGCAUUAAAGCCAUGUACAGAGAGGGAUUAUAAGCUACAAAGCCCAUGCGGCGCCCGGUCUAUAAGGAUCCAGUAGUUGAAGGGCUCCUCAUCAUCAUCAAAUUAAAGAAAGCUUAAAGGAGGUUUAUAUAUAGAGAGGGUGUGGUUUAAUUGCUGGGACUGUGCAGGCCGGGAUGGCCCAUGAGUAUCAGCAUCAGCAGCAUCAUCAUCAUCAUCAUCAUCAUCAACCGGAUUUUAUCUCCGCCACCAACAACGCCGCGGCUGCUACCGCGGUCGCCUUGCACGGCUUCGGCACCAACCAUGAGCUGUACGACCUGCAAGCCGGGAUGGAGAUGCUCGGGAUACCGUCGAAGCAGCCCCACGCGCAGAACGUCGCCGACGGCAGCUGGAAAGUCUUCUUCCCGAAAGCCGGGAGCUCCUCGACCAUCGGCUUCUCCCAACCAUCGACCGAUGCCGGCCUCAUGGGUGCACCCGAGCCAAACAUGGGCACGUGGCCGCCGCAGUCGAAUCGGAUGGCGGUCGUCGACCAGUCUAUCAGGUGCCUGCUCCCUUCGGAGGGGGGCGAGCAGGCUAACAGGGAACUGUCCUUAUCACUAUGUAACGCCGACCCUUCAGGCAGCGGAUUCCACUAUCAAGUAGAAGACGCGUCGCUUCGAAAGCCCGAAGAUUCACUCCACCAACAAGAAGUGUUCUUCUUCGGGCCGUCGGCGGCGGCCGCGAGCGCACCGAUGGCGAGUCUCUAUCAGCAGCACCCUCAGCAGCUGAAGAACUCCAAAUACUUAUUACCGGCUCAGGAGCUACUGAAUGAGUUCUGUAGUUUGGGCAAAGAGCACGGCUCUUCGACGCUGAAACGGCAAAGCAAAAUAUCGAAGCAGUGGGACGAAGGCGGGUCUUCGUCCUCCUCCUCUCCCUGGACGCAGCCUCUCCACACGCUGGAAAUCCUCGAGCUGCAGAAGCGAAAGGCCAAGCUAUAUUCCAUGCUCGAGGAGGUGGAUAGAAGAUACCGAAGAUACUGUGAGCAAAUGAGAGCUGUAGUACUGGCCUUCGAGGCAGUGGCUGGAGAAGGGGCGGCCGCGGUGUACUCAUCGUUGGCGUCGAAGACCAUGUCGAGGCAUUUUCGAUGUCUGAGGGACGGCAUUGUGGGGCAGAUAAGCGCGACGAGGAAGGCGAUGGGAGAGAAGGAUCCGGUCGCGCCGGGCACGACCAGGGGGGAGACGCCGCGGUUGAAGCUUCUCGAUCAGUGCCUUCGGCAGCAGAAGGCGUUCCAGCAGCCCGGGGGGACGAUGGAGAGCCACCCUUGGCGGCCGCAGCGGGGCCUUCCCGAACGCUCCGUGUCGAUUCUCCGAGCAUGGCUCUUCGAGCAUUUCCUUCACCCGUACCCUAGCGACGUCGAUAAGCAUAUAUUAGCCCGACAAACGGGACUCUCUAGAAGCCAGGUAUCGAAUUGGUUCAUAAACGCCAGAGUAAGGCUUUGGAAGCCAAUGGUGGAGGAGAUGUACAUGGAAGAACUAAAAGAACAAGAAAACCAAUCCCCGCGCACUACCACCACUACUAUCCACGAAGAUAACGACCACAACAACAACCACCACCACCACCACCAUUUGGAAUCCAAUCCGAACCCUAACCCUAACCCUAACCCUAACCCGAACCUCAUCGAGCAGAAGCCGACGCCGGUCCAGCUCCUCCACGACUCCGGCUCGCUUGCCUCCAUCAUCAACAGCAAAGGUGCCGCCGAGCCGCGGGUGGAGAGCUUCGGCUUCGUCGACUUGGAUUUCGCGUCGUACGGCCAAUGCGGCGGCCACGGCGCGAGGGGCGGCGUGUCGCUGACCCUGGGGUUGCAGCGGCACGACAACGCCUCGCAAGCGCCGACACUCCUCUUCCCGAGGUCAGACCACCACCACCACCAGCACAUAGAAGAGAACCAGCAGCAGGCGAGUCAAUUCUCCAUUAAUAUGGACGGGGCCGAGGGAUCACAGCACCUUCCUUACAGGAACUUAAUGGGGGCUCAAUUGCUACACGACUUGGCCGGGUAGGAAAAGAGGGUAAGAGGUGGGGUUGUAUGAGGACAGGGACACGCUAACGGAAAAUGGGUUGAUCGAUCGAUGUGGUUGAUUUAUAUAUGUAUACUGGAUUUAAUUUGUACUAUAUUUUUAUUAACUUUCUCCUGGUAGGACGGAUAUAUGUAUCUUUGUGGGUCUUGUGAUAAGUAGUUUUGGGGUGAUAUGUAUAUCGCGACGUGGGGAAAAUGUUGUGGCAUGCGAUUGGGCGGAUGAGAGGUCAUUGUUUUGGUACAGGAACGUAUUAACCUA